AUGGAACGUUUUCUACAGGACUUACCGAGCGCCGACCAGCCGCUGGUCGACUUCAGUCAACAAUAUCACACAGGCCGAGUCCCGAAUAGUAAAGGGAGAGAUGGAAAGCCUAGGUUACUUCUCAUGGGUCAGAGAAGGAGUGGCAAGUCAUCAAUAGCCAAUGUAGUGUUCCACAAGCUGCCUCCAAGCGAAACGCUGUUUCUUGAAACUACUUAUAGGAUCAAGAAGGAAUCGAUGCACUCGUUUAUGGACUUCCAGGUUUGGGAUCUACCUGGCCACCUGGACUACUUCGACCCCGCGUUUGACACAGAUAACAUCUUCGAUGAGAUUGGCGCACUCAUCUGGGUCAUCGAUGCGCAAGACGAGUACCUCGACGCCAUUGCUAGACUCAACCUCACGAUUCUCAACCUGCAGCACUCGUACCCCAACAUCAACAUCGAAGUCUUCGUACACAAAGUCGACGGCUUAUCAGACGACUUCCGAGGCGACACAUUCCGCGACAUCAUCCAAAGAGUGCAGGACGAGCUCAGCGACAACGGCUACGAGCAAGCACCCAUAUCAUUCUAUCAAACCAGCAUCUACGAUCACUCCAUCUUCGAGGGCUUCAGCAAAGUCAUUCAAAAGCUGAUACCGCAACUACCGACACUCGAAGCGCUACUCAACAAUCUCUGCGCCGCGUGUAACAUCGAGAAGGCGUACCUCUUCGACAUCAUGAGCAAGAUCUACGUAGCUACCGAUACAACACCCACAGACAUAGGGAACUAUGAGAUCUGCUCGGACUACAUUGAUGUCGUUGUCGAUGUGGCAGAGAUCUACGGGUACGAACGUGAAAAUCAGACACCAGAAGAGGAGCUACUUGAGAAAGGCAACGGAGAUGCAGAGAGCUUGAUCACCAUGGAGAGGAAGGGGGCCAGGUAUCUGUACCUGCGGGAACUGAACAAGUAUCUUGCACUCGUUUGCAUUAUGGGCGAUGACAGCCCUGCUGAGAAGAAGGCCAUCAUCGACUACAACGUCGGUGUCUUCCAGGCAGGACUGAAGAAGGUAUUCCCUAAGGGUGAUCGCGAGGCUCAGGUAGAGAUUGUAGCCACCAACGACGCAGCUUCAUAG